CAGGGAUGAGAUGAGAGAGAGCGCUACGCGACCGCCUCUUUCCGUCCGCGCGGCCGCCUCUCACUGCGGCUCUGGCCUCAGGCCCGGCCGGCUAAUUGGCUUUUCAACACCCUGCGGAGACGCGUGCGCGAGUCUCACAAGUCGACCGUUGCCGAGCGCCGGCCAAUCGCCCGGUUCCAACAGCAGCCCCCCGCUGAAAAUUUCCGUGCGGGCAUUCCAAUCUUUUCCGGAGCUACGCCGCCAUAUUAGGGCACUCGACAUGGUGCGCCACCGUUAUCGCCGGCGAGAAGAAUUCCGGUGAUGGAGGAACCCCUCGCCCACGGGACGGUAGGACAACGGACAAUUCAAGAGCAUCUCCUCGGAAGUCGCCGCUUUGGACCGUGCGUUUGAAACGGGGUUCAAUUGAGGGCCGAGGUGACACAUUGUCCGAGCUUUUAAGUGACAUGAAAAAGUGAUAAAGCAGUUUCCGACUGUUGGCUCUGUUGCAGUUCCUGUACCUGAUCCUACCGCAUGUGUAGUUUUCAGGCGGUUGAAAUCUAAAGUUCUCUGCAACAAGCAGUUUACUUUUCUAAAUUUCAAAGUGUAUUUUUUUCUUAAUCUUUGCAGAGAACAUUUAUUUUUACUUCAUAUUGGAAAAUACAUUUGAAGGGGUUAUUAAUCUAAAUUAACAUUAUAAUCCCUUCAAAAAUUGUUUUAUGAGCAUACUGAAAACAAAUAUAUCAUUUUUUAAGCUUUUCACCAAAAUUGUUAAAAAGUUGUUCCAAUGUCUUCCCUCAAAUGGCACAAAAUGACAAAGUGAUACAUUCCAGCUUUUUAAUCUAUCAAUACUCCGCCUCAGUUCAUCUUUCACCACACCUCAUUUCAUUUCCAUUUUAUUAUUAGGAUUCUGUAUGCACCAAACGCACUUCCCAGCGCAAUCUGCAUUCAGGACCCAGCAAGUGAGAGAGACUGAGGGGGUUAUCUGAAAAACGGUCAAUGAAGCAGGAACUCAUCCUCCUAAAUAUGCAGUUUAUGAAAUAAAUGAACAGGCCAACAUGUUAUUCUCUUCCUAUCCCACCCAUAAAGUACUAUAAAAACCGUCAAACUCUCAAGAAAACUGCAGAACCCCGAAUCGCAACGAUGUUUACAAAGACCUCAUUAGGGAAAGGGUCCUGAUAAGAACACACAUAGGGACACCACACACACACACACACACACACACAGAAAAAAAUGCAGAGCUUCCCAUUUCAUAGAUAAGGGAGCAAAAGAAAGAAAGAGAGAAGGAGAGAGAGAGAGAAAGAAAAAAGUCAAAACAGGAGUAAAGAGAUGCCGCAGUGGGACCGGAUCGAGCCGCACUCGCGCCGCGGACGUAAACUUUGAGGGGAAAAAAGAGGACGAGAAGCGUGCGUCGGACAAAAAGGGUCCAAUAAAAGGACCGAGCCAAAGGUUGGGGACAGUCACAAGUCACAACACAAGCGAGAGGAGGGCAGCAGCACUGACAAACCUGUCAGUACGGAGGGGUUGACAAAUCUCGCCAGCCUCUCGUACCCUGUCACAAGACCCACAAGGACUCACCUUGCUUUUUAAAAAAAAAAAAACAUUUCACAACAAAUCGCAAGAAGGAGAAGCGAAGAGAGGAGCCCAGGAGAGGAGACUGAAGAUAUUUUUUUUGUGUUUUUUUGGGUGGAAAAUUUAUAUGAUUUUUUGUGCAUCUAUUAUUUUAACAAAUAUCAUUUCCAUUGGUUGGAUACCCGCGCCUGCAGAUUACAGUGCAUAUUGCCGAAAAGGACCCAGGAACCCAACUCUUUCCUCAUGACAAUGGCUGUUGCCACGGUGAUGACCUUCAUCCCCCUUCUCCCUCUUCUCCUGCUGUGGCCCCGUUCUGGCCAGGGGAGCCCCAUUCUGUCCCCGGAGGAGCCCCGUCUCGCUCCGGGCCUGGGGAACGGGCACGGGGGCUUCGUGGACCCCUCGCUCCUGGAGCAGGACGGCGAGCUGGACAUGCAGAACCUUCUGGAAACCCUGCGAGGCCAGUUCCUCCGCACCUUCAACCUGACGGGUCUGGGGCCCCCUCCGCAGCCCAACGGGGGUCCCCGGGCGGAGCCGCCCGAGUACAUGAUGGAGCUCUACAACCGUUUCGCCAACGACCACACCGCCAUGCCGGCCGCCAACAUCGUCCGGAGCUUCAAGAAUGAAGACACUUCUCCUGACAGCGUCGGCAGCGGUGGUGUGAGGAAGCACCCGCUGCUGUUCAACGUGUCGAUCCCGCACCACGAGCGAGUCACCUCCGCCGAGCUGCGCCUGUACACCCUGGUCCAGCGAGACCGGCACAUCUACGCCGGCGUGGACCGCAGGGUGACCGUGUUCGAGGUCCAGGGGGGGCAGAGCGCCGGGAGAACGGGGGACGAGAUGAGAGACGAGAGCGACAGGAUGAGAGGAGGCGAAGGAGGAGAGGAGGGCGGAGGAGGGGGGGAGGCCAGGCUGCUGGAGCUGGCCUCGCGGCGGGUCUACGGCACGGACAACGGCUGGGAGUCCUUCGACCUGACCGCCGCCGUCCACCGCUGGCGCAAGUCAGAGUACGGCACCACCCACAGGCUGGAGGUCCACAUCGCCAGCCUCACCGGCGAGGAGGAGGAGUCAGAGGCAGAGGGCGGGGCCGGGGCCGGGGCCGGGGCCUUGGGGGGCGACAUGGAGAUCGACGUGAGCCCCGAGGCCAAACACAAGCCCCUGAUGAUCGUGUUCUCCGACGACCAGAGCAGCGACCACCGCGGCGACAAGCGGGAGAUCAACGAGAUGAUCGGGCACGAGACCGUGGGCGCGGGGCUCCAGGACAACCUGGACCUGGACCUCAACGGGCUCUGGGGCGACGGGGAGGGCAGGGGAAAGCGGGAGGGCGAGGCGGAGGAGGACGAAGAGGCGCUCAUUCAGAUGCGCUCCAACCUGAUCUACGACACGGCCUCCAGGAUUCGCCGCAACGCCAAGGCCAACCAGUGCAAGAAGACGUCCCUCUAUGUGGAGUUCAAGGACAUCGGCUGGGACUCCUGGAUCCUGGCGCCCACCGGCUACGAGGCCUUCGAGUGCAACGGCGUCUGCAACUUCCCGCUGACCAAACACGUCACGCCCACCAAGCACGCCAUCAUCCAGACCCUGGUCAGCAUGAAGAGUCCACAGAGGGUCUCCCAGGCCUGCUGCGUCCCCACCAAACUGGACCCCAUCUCCCUCCUGUACAUGGACGAGACCGGCGUGGUCACCUACAAGUACAAGUACGACGGCAUGGUGGUCGCGGAAUGCGGCUGUCGAUAGUCCCGCCCUCCGGAGGGGGAGGAGCUUAGACUCUUGAAACAGUGAUGAGGAGGACAUUGGGAGUUUUUUUUUUUUUUAAAGUAGUAUCAAAAAACAAAAUACACAAAAGGGACUAUAAUCUGAUGAACACCUUGCUGAAAGAAAGCCACCACUUCACAAGUUUAAAAAAAAUAAAAAUAAUUUGCGCCAAUCAGAAGGCUAUAAAAAUAACAUAAUUACCAUAGAAUAUCACGGUCAAAGUAUUACUUUCGUCCAGCUCCAACGUCUAAACUGGGCCUAAGGGGUAGAAAGUGGUAAUGAGAGACUGGGAAUCGAUUCGAGAAAUGUGUUUCUCUGGUAUAGCAGGAAAGAUGGAGGCAGGAGAGUGGGGAAUGUAUGCCAGUGGGUGAGGGUGCGAGUCCAUGUGUAUUUAUGUAAAGUUGCUGUAGGUUCUUACUGCUUGUAAAUGUGUAUAUUUUGUAUUUCAGGAAAGAGAAUAUUUAAUUAUGAUGUACAGUACAAUAUAAUUAAUAUAAAUCUGUGAUCUGUGAAAUGAAAAAAAAAAACAAAAAAAAAACAGAACAGGAAAUCAGAAUCAAUGACGUGUAGUAACAUUUUCUCUCUCACACACUCAGAACACACCCAACGAAAUGUUUAAAAAAUAAAAAGCCAUCUAGCUCCUGAGUGAAAUAUCGGCUUACUCUAUAGCAGGGGUGCUCAAAAAGGGCUAAUCCAUUUCAGGUUUUUAUGCCAACUCAACUGCCAACUGCUCUCAAUUAUGUGAAUUAGCUAAAUGAUCUACUUGACCUGACAAAGUUGUAUGCCAUGGCUGCUGACUGCAAAUUUACCCUUUGGUAAAACAUUUUUCUGUGGUCAGAGUAAAACAUUUUGUUCUGUGGCUGGAGCAAAAACCAGCACCGAACUCUCCCUCCAGGAAUCGGGAGUUGUGCACCCCUGCGUUACAGGCAUAAUUUCAGCACGGAGGUCCAGAAUGUAGUGACCAUGCAUGUGAUAUACAUGCAUAGUUGGUCAGAUCCAAAAGUUACAUCAGCAGUAUAGGGAGAAACAGACUGAGGAACAUGAAUAGCUUGUGACAUCCAAUUGUCAUUUUCUCUUCAGUUUUUUUUAUGUAUGUAUUUAUUGUCUUGACAGAGCCAGUACUGCACAUGCAAUGUACAGAGCUAGUAGGCCUCUGUCUGGGUUAUCUACAGACCACAGCCAAUGUGUUAAGUUGGUGAAUCAGAGGGACUGGAGAAAGUUUGCGGUUUUAAGGACUGAUAUCUGAUUGGAUCAGGAGACUGACUCUGUGGGCUGUGGUGUCUCUUUUCCUGAACUGUAACGGAAAGUGAGUUUUCGGGGCGAGAGAAUUCUGGCUGUGCUUGCCAGGUUACUGUGGCCUCCUACGAUGAGGAUGAGAACAGAAGUACAGGAACCCCUUUAAGAGAGAGGCCAUUGCUUUAGAGUAGAUGUCCACCUUCAGAUAGGCAACGUCCACCUCCUGCCUCAAAGUCCACCAGGGGCGGGUUAAAUACUUUGGUUCCUGCAUCUACAAGACUGUGACUUUGUCCUGUGACUUUAGUUUUGCAUUCCCUGGAAAACUACGAGAACAGCUGUGGAAAGAGAGCUGUCGCCCUCCACCAAAAGUGUGAAUUUCCACUCGCCAAAUCUCCUCACGAGACAGGAAUUUCCUGACACGCUGAAACGGACAUCUCAUCGCACAAAAACUCUGCCAGGACACAAAACAUGGCAGCGUUAAAAGUGUUCACCGGACACGUCCGAGCUGGACGACCUGCGCGUUUCCACAAGCCUUCGCGAUAAUAAGCUUUCACAGGGUCCCGGAGGGCCGGACGCCGCUGCCGGGCCAGGGGCUGCAGAGCCCAGUGGAGCGACAGAUUGGCUCUCCUCCACCGACACUGAUUGCUUGAUUCAUUUCUUCCUCUCCUCUUAUCAUCGCUCCUUCGCUCGCCUCCCGCCCUCCCGACGUCCCAGCGAGUGGGGGGAGGGGCUGACAAAGACAAAAACCUCCCCAAGCUGGACUGCACCGCUUCUCUCCGGCUGAGUCCUCGAUGCCCCCUCUCCUCCUCUCCCCUCUUGUGGGGGGGAGGGGGGGGGGGUUAUCUCCCUCCGAGCCUCCCUGGGGAGUCACAUGCCGUGCGACCUCCUCCCCCCUCUCCUUCACGCGGGACCGAUAAGGAGGUGUUGAGACUGAGAAACAUGCGCACCGUCGGCCCCGGAACGGACGCCAUUCCCGAAAAGGGAUGGGGGACGGAGGGGGAGGGCUUGUGCGUGUGUGAUGGGGUGAGAGUGAGGGGUUGAGGAGGGCUGGGGUGGGGGUGCAGAGUGGGAGAGAAAGGCUGUCAAGAUUCCUGGGUUUGAACAGCCACCGACUGUACUACUGGCUCCACUCACUGGCACAUUGACCCUGCCCUCAACCUUCUGGGGCCCCCGAACACAAGUGCCUCUAACUCUCCACCUCCCUGUCCCUUGUCCCUUUUCCCCAUCAAUCCCAAACUAUAUGCUACUGUACUCUCUCUCUCUCUCUCUCUCUCUCUCUCUCUGGCUCUCUCACUCUCUCUCUGUCUACCUCUCUCCUCUAUCCCUCCCUCUCUACCUUUACUUCUCUCUCCCUCCCCACUCUCUCUGUAUCCUUCACUGUUUUGGAAUAGCACCCCUCCUGCCCUUAUCAAUGCUCAGCUAAGAGGAUAAGUGGUGGAAAAAAAAUCCCACCAACCGCCCCCCCGCCCCCCCCACUCCCAGCCCUGUUUGGAGACUCAAGGACAAAUAACUGUCAGAAUUCCUUCGCUGAUGUGUCUGCCCAGUCUGGAACUUUCUUAGGGACACAGUCACCCGUGAGCCUUGCCUUUCCCAAAAAUCUGUACUCCACAAAUACUCAAACUGAGCCGCCAACCCGUCUGUGCUGCUUCCGUUUAUAGAACUCCUAUUUAUUUGAUUAAUUUAUUGAUUUUAUUGUUCCAAAGAGGUGAUGAUGUAAAACAAUAUAUAUUGUGUAUACAUACCAAAAUUAUACUUUAGAAAAAAAAAACACAAUGGAAUUGUUUCUUUUAUUUAUAAAAAAUGUUUUCAUGCA